CAUAGAGUAGAAGCCAGCCACUGUGUGCUGCUCGCUCGUGUGGAGAGCACCAGCGUGGAGAUGCUGCAUGAAGACAGCUCUUCCAUGUGACAAGCUUCCUUCAGCAGACCAUGGAAGCCAAGAGGUGGACAUAGAAGAAGAGCUCAGCUACAUUUUGUUUUCAAGGAUUACAUGUCAUGCUGACAAGCCACACAUGAUCGCCUGCUGCUGAAGGGAGCUUCUCCAGUUCUUGGAUCUAAAAAAGUUUUGCGCUGAAAGGCAGGCAACAUGUCAAAGGCUCACAUGCUGAGGGGUGUCUGCUUGCUGUGGCAAGUUGCACUGAUGACCGCGGCCGGAAGCAAACUUUGGGAUGUGCCUACCACCUCCAACAACCUCAGCGAAAGCCUGCAAUGGCAGCCCCACUGUCACCACCGCCUCCUUCAGGAUGGAGUGAGAAUCACAGCAGAGAUACCGCCAAAGUUGGAAGGCACCUGGUUGUCAACAAGAUGUGAAGUCCGCCCAGGUCCAGAGUUCCUCACCCGCUCCUACACCUUCCACCCUACUCGUCACUUCCAGGCCCUGCAGCACUACUACUCAGACAGUGGUUGUGAGGAUCCUGCCUAUUCCCUGCUGAUCCAGGGCAAGCUCCGCCUUCGCCAGGCCUCCUGGAUCACCCGGGGCGCCACCGAAGCCAAUCACCACCUUACCAAGGUGGCAAUAGUUGUCCACAGCCUGGCAGCCAAGCAAAGGCUAGUCUCCAGACUCCCUCCAUCCUGCGUGGCUCCAACGCUGGGUCGGGUGGUGACGGGGAAGCCACAUGACCUUCACAAUACCCGGGCGGGGAGGGCAUGCCUGGCAGCUAUGGGCUUCUCCAUGAUGGAGAUGGAUGUAGUUAGGGUGGAGACACAACACCACAACCAUGGGGGGGAAAUCCAGGAGCUCUUCUUAGGAGACAUACAAACUGACUGGACCCAGAGGACUCACUACAGACCAACAGGGUACCAGCAACCACUGCAGAGUGCCAUGCAUCACAUCCAUCCCUGUCCAGUCUGUGCUCUGGUGUACCGCUCCACAGAACAGCACCCCCCAGUGCUGCCCCACCGCCCGCAGGCUCCUAUUUCUCUGGCUAGACGUUGGGUUAGCCAGCAGUGUGAGACCCGUCCCACGGUCCUCUUCCUUACCCGGGAGUUCGACUUCAAUCCAGAUCAGCAUUCAUGGGAGGGGAUCUACCGUCACUACUCAGAUCCCAUCUGCUCCCAGAGCACAUUCACCCUGAGAGCCUCGGGUCACUAUGCUCAGGGAAACCCUUCCGUCAAGGUGCCGGGAGCCACUGAGUUUGUCUUCAAGGUGACGGAAGUGAGAGUGACGGCUGAAGAUGAGCCCACGACUAAGCUGCUGAACGGGACAAAGAUGGGAAAAUGUGGUCGUGCUGGAGCAUGGGAGGUUGGGGUGGAGCAGGACCUGAGCCCUACGCAUGGGUGCACGGUGCUCGGCAUCAAGCUGCCUCAUAAGGAGUAUGAGCUCUUCAAGGUUGAGCUGGAUCACAGGAGACACCUGCUUUUGUAUGUUGGGGAGAGGCCGACAGACGGUUCCAGCCCAGACCGACCAUCAAGGAGAGCUACUUCCUUUCAGCCCCCCUUGAUGCUUUGCAGCGGAGGGGAGACGCUGCCUUCCAGUCGCAAUAGCUCAGGGUUUAACAGCAAACAAGUCCAGGUGGAUACCAAUGGGACCGGGAGGCUGACACAGAUCCUGUUAGUGGUGCUCGGAUCUGCUGUGUGCAGCUGGAUUUGGCUGUUUUAGAGACAUUGAUGGAGCCUGGCAGCUCUCUCUGUUAGUGUGGUUUUGACCAGGUGUGAGGAUCACCACAAGACAUUCAAGAGAGCUGAAUAAACACUAUAUAUUUUUAUAUCUGCCCCCUUUGUUGGACCUCCUCCUGGCUUUCAGAUGGUGCCUUUUAAUAACCCUAAGCUAGAGCUCAAGUUCUACAUCAAAUUAAUCUGCACAUAAACCACUGAUACCAGCAUUCCAGCAAUCAGUCAAUUCUCCUCUAUCCUCAUAUUUCGUUUUCGUGUGAUGCCAUCGUUACAAAGCAAGAUGACUGUUGAAAUGUGGGUCAGCAGCAGUAGAACUAAUGCACUUUGAACAGAGGAUUGUUUAUACUGGAAAGAAAAGCAGCCAAAAAGCAGACAUUCUGUAGUCAGUCCUAGCAUCCUUAUUGGUCCCACUUCACUUUGUGGUAUGAGAUCUUCCUUAAAAAGCCUUAAAGAUAAGUUUCUAUCAUCUUUCAGUCUAAACAAAUCAAACAACUAUUUAUUUUAUCGCCAUAUAUACUGUACUUUUUUUGAUGAAGUACUUUUUUUGUAGAGAGUAGUGAAGUGAUACAUUUCUGUGCAUUAAAAGUGGCUUUCCAUAACUUCUUGUGUUUGGACAACUCUUUAGAUGGACUUUAAUUACGCUCACAGUCACAAAUGUGUGUUCAACUUUCACCGGGGAGAGAAAAAAUAUUGAUAUUCCGAUAUGCCGCAUUGUUAAAGCAUUGAUACCGCCAAUAUCAAAGUAUGUGUAAUAACAUGCUUUGCUUUGUAAUACGUGUUUUUGUGUUCUCUUUCAUAUGUCAUCAAGGCGUAUCUAAAGGUCCAAUGAAAAUAUUAACUCAAGCUUUUAACAUUUGGCCGCUCCGUCACUGGGAUUUGAUGAAGAAUAAAGACUCAUGACACUGCCAUGUUUUUGACGAGCUGUCUGCAACCCACCCAGGAUGGGUCCACGGCACACCAGUUGGCAAUCACUAAAAUCCAAUGCACUCCACAGUCACAUAUUACUGUACCUGGGAUGGAAAAGAACUGUUUGGGCUUGAGAAGCUUUGAGUCGAGUCAGGCUGCAGUUUUUAUAUGUUAUGGCUGAAGCAAGCGAAGCGUGAUGAUUCAUGGAACAAUAUUUCCUACUUGGAAAACAUCUCUUUUCAUAAAAGAAUUGGAGGCUUUUCAGUUCUGCCCAUAAACACCUUUCUAUAAACGCGACACAAUAGUUACAGUCUUAGUUGAAAAAACAAAAAUUGUUUGGGGUUUGAGAAACACGACUUUUGCACCUGUAACAGUGACGUGUUGUGAGGUUCAAGGCUGGUGAGUUUGCUCAUUUCGAGAGUAACAAGAAAAAGAAAAUAACUCCCCCUUUUGUUAAAAAAAAUGCCUUCAAAUACUUCUUAGUCCAAUUUAUUUGUUUUUCAUUUACUGGAAAACAUUUGUAGUCUUACCUUUUAUUUGUAUAUGAAGUGCAGGUAACCUAUCAUUCCCCAGGAAAAGCUCUAUGAUACUUUGUUGUAAAAGUCUGAUCACCUCCUGGUGAACUUGGGUAUAUAGUCCUCCAUCUUUGCAGUCAAAUUCAUUCAAUCCUUCAGCUGAGCAUAAAAAUAUCUUUAAUGCAUUUGACUUGCUGCUUUCCAGCUGGCGCUGCUGCUAUCAAAAUCCCCCACCAAAAACACGAAAAACUAAGGAUUACAGUGACAAGCACCUUCCAGCUCACGCACAGCCCUACCCCUCAGGUUGAGGAGAGUACCGCAUUUCUAUGUAUUUUAUUGUCCAAUUAGCAAGAAUAAUGAUGCCACAUUAACAUUAAAGAUAUUUCGCAGGCUGUAGAAAGUCAAAGUCAUGGUCUAUAAUAAAUGUUUCUGCCAAAUUAUAUUAUUGGUGACAUGAUGACAAACAGAAAUGUCAUAAUGCAACUCAGUGCACUCACUGAAAGUGCUCAGAGGGUAAGCAGGGCUUGCACACUAGGCUGAGAAGAGACGCUCGCGGCAGCCUCAUCUGAGGUUUCUGCCAUUUUUUGAUCAGAAAAUGUGCAAAUGCCGUGAUUUUUUUACUUAAGAAAAUGUAAAAAAAAAAAAAAAAGAUUGGCCUGUCACGACAACAAAUUUCGCUUGCCGAUAAUUGUCCCACAAAUUAUUGCAGAUAAAUGAUAUUGUCAACGUUAUUUUGAGACCAUUUUUUUCGUUGUAAUUAUAACAUACAGUAUGCCAUAAUAAUGCAAGUACACCGUAUCAAAAGCAACUUUAAUUCCUCAAAUGUAUUUAACAUCCAUCCAUUCAUCCAUCGUCUAUGCUGCUUAUCCUCACUAGGGUUGCAGGGCUUUGCUGAAGCCUAUCCCAGCUGACUUAGGGCGAGAGGCGGGGUACACCCUGGACUGGUCGCCAGUCAAUUGCAGGAGUAUUUAAAAUUUAACUGGGAUGUCAAGAGCUUUUAAAUCAAAUAAAUUAAAACAAACAACAUAAUGUAUUAAACAAAAUAAAAUGGACCCUCAGGCCCUGUCCAAAUGGGAAUGUUCCACACUGUGCCGGAUUAGUAAAUAACGGAUCACUGGGUGAAAAAGAUGUACACAAGGCACAACUACAGUACGUGCGGCACUGUAAACAGACGCAGAUGGAACCACAUGACACACCAAACUAAGAAGAAAGAACGUAUACACAUAAAUCCGUCAUUUUCAGGUUUCCAAGGCUAAUCUAGACUUACAACGAAGUGGAUUUACUUCUAUAAAUCAUUUUGAGAAAAAUAUCAGAAUAUCGACUGGGUUGAGUCUUGUCCGUCAAAAUAUUGCGAUAUUAUAUUAGCUUGUCGUCAAAGCUCACUUCUGGUCACGUGACGGUGACGGAUCAAGCCCGACAAGCCGGCAUUUUUCAUAUUUUCACACUCUGGAAACCCUUUAAAAAAAAAUACCAUUUCAGGUCACUCAGAACGCUGUUUCUGUCUGGAUGAGAUGCUGAAACGAUAAAAUACUUUCCCGUUUUGACCUGAAAACAUUUCCGUGUGGCUACGUUUUCAUGUCACAAAAUGACGGUGCGCAAAAGGCCUGAAAUUUACAGAUCGUUUUAUACACAACAGGCGCGGAGAACGUAUUCGAUACCCCCCCACUGGGACAAAGAGACUGAACGACUGACAGGAGGGUUCACUCAUUCCUUUCAUUCUGCAAUAGAACCAAAGCGCCCAGGUGUUGAGACAGAUGCACAGAGCGAACCCUCCUGUCAUCCCGCCUGUUUGGUAGAGAGAGAGGAGGAAAACACGCAUGCACACGUCAAUAUAUCGAGGCCAGUAAAAUUAUCAACUUUUUUAUUUAUCGUGCUAUCAAUUGAUUUAAUGAUUAUCGUGACAUGCCUAUUGGAAUUCUUCAUACAUUGCAUUUAUACAGUCAUACAGUACAAUAGACACAUAUUAAUAUUUAUUUUAUGUUACCAUUACUUGAUUUUUUUAAGAGGCUCUGACUCAACCUGCUUCCUGACCGCAUGUCACUGCUGUAACGCUUGUACAGCCAUUUUCUGUAAUUUACAGCUAUUUAGACAACAGCGGCUGUGUGUUGGGUCAUUUUCAGUGCAUAGUAAAUCUACACUGCAAUACAAGCUCUACUUUGGCUACAUCAAGUUUGCUUUGUAUUGUUUUGUUCCUUGAAAAGAUCAUAUAUAAUUUAUUUUUUAAUGUAUAAUAAAACUGCGACUAAAAUGUGAGGGCUGUACUGUAGAUACUGUAUAGAUUCCGAAAAUGGCUGUUUAGACAGCAAAACCUCAAGGGUUUUAACUGUACAGUGUUUGAAGAGGAGAUCAUUAAAUAACGAAAGUACAAUCAGAUAUGUGGACUCAACUCUUUAAGUAGUGAGGAGAAAGAGAAGAGAAAGUGAUAACUACUCCUUUCCAGAUGCGCCAUACUGUUCUUAUUAACUAGUGCAAGAAUGGCGAUGGCAGCUGCGAGGCUCAUGAGGUCAUCCUUCAAACCUCGAUGGGAAAUAUCAGUCUGCAAGCCCCCCUCCAAGACAAAAAAAAAAAAACAUGGAUCAAGAGAAAAGGAGAUCAGAAGAAGUGGGGGUAUGAUACUGUCACUCAGUUGAAACUCGGAACUCCUGACUGAAAGAGUAGUUUUUCAUUGUGUGGCUUGCGUCAAGAAGCAGCAAGGAGCGCCAGGCGGCCUGUUAGCAAUCAGGCUCUGCUAGAUUGUUGAGUGAGUCCAUUCAAGGAGAUGAUAUAAAACAUAAAACCGAAGUGAUUUAAUACGUGUGUCAAAACAGCAAAGUAUGACUGCAUUUGGAGGGCAUUGGGAUACAGCGCAGAAAAAGGAAUAGCUCAGAUAGCAGUGAUGUUCUUGAGAUUGAUCCAUGGUGGUGCUAUUACUCAACUGUGCACAACGGUGCUCACUAGUGCGCAGGAUUACGGCAAACCUAUGACAGCAAUUUUAUUUUUUAAUUAAUGAAUGGCGUCACCGCGGUUAACAUUGCAAGAGAUGACACUUUCCAUAAUAUUACAAAAGACACUGCAUGUCAUUAACGACGGCACAUUUGUAGUCGUCUUCCAUCUAAUUUACCAUAGAUUUUCUAUUUUGAUGAUUUCCGAUAUUAUUAUUAAAGUUUUUUCACCAAACUUUAAGAAAUGGGACUCUGUCAACAUUUUUCCCCUAGUAUUACAAACUGCCAAAUUACCACAUUUGCAAGAGUCUGGUAUCUACGAAGUUGUAAGACGUUUGUUCAAUCUUGGUGAAUGUCUACCAUUUUGGUGUUCCUAAAUGACCAAAGAUUUCUGUUGUUGCUUUCAAAUAAGAUAUAUAUAGUGAACCCUCGUUUAUCGUGGUUAAGGAUGUCCAGAUGUAGGAUUUGAUUGUUUAUAAAUUGAAUAUUUUUGUAGUUGGAGCAUAGACAACCUGUUUUUGACGUUCUAAAUUUGGGUUUUAACAUUAUUAGAGCCCUCUGGAUAUGAAAUAACACCAGUCAACUUUACACUCAUAAUACCUGAUGUAAUCAAUAAAUGUGUUCCGGACGUCUGGUCAGGAAAGAAGCAACGUCAGUGGUUCAGAGUUGAGUCUAGCUUACAGAUUUAGAUUACAGCCGCAACAGUAGCCCGUGAUAUUAUGAUGAUGAUUAUUAUGCUAUUAUUUUAUUAUUAUGCUUGUUGUGAGACAAUUCAAACCUGCAAUAAAAGGCUGUUGUUCUGGCAAUCAAGUCUGGCGCUUGUUUCACCAAAUGACAUCUGCUGACCAGUGUAGAAUACUGCAUAUCACAAUUUGAACAGUCUUCUGAAUGCCUUACAUUUGCAUUUUUGUUAAUUUAGCCAUUUUUAUGCUUGAAAAUGCUAAAUUAACCAAAAAAUACAUAAUUU